GGUAUCGUUUCUUUAGCGAACUAUACGUUUUUUAUAGCAUUCAUUCAACACACAUGUGCGAUAUUUCGUGUCGUCGGGUAUAUAUUAGAACACGUGAUUAACGAAAAUGAAGAAAAUCUUUCUCAAUUAAUCGACAACAAAGAAAUUUAUUAUAAAUUAAUCCGUGGUAUUAAUUAUCACAAAAUGGCGAUUGAAUAUACCGGAAUAAUAAAUUCAUUUGCCGAGAUCUGUUAUCUGGUUCAAAUUAUAAUGACUCUUCUCAUCCUUGCUGCCGACAUAAUGGGACUUAUGCAAGCUACUAGCACCAUGAAAUCUUUUACCAUGACGAUCAUGUGUACCUUACACAUAUCAGGUAUGAUCAUUUGGACAUUAUUUAAUUGCAUUAUUGGACAAAGGGUUUUGGAUCAUAGUCACAUCGUUUUUGACAAAACGUGCACGGUACCUUGGUAUUUAUUUACACCAAAAGUGCAAAAAUUAUCAACCUUAAUAUUAAUGAGAAGCAUGAGACCAUCUUAUUUAUCAAUUGGAAAAAUGUUUAUUUCAUCGCACACGUUUUUUUCUUCGUUGUUACAGUCAUCUAUAUCUUACGGCAUGUUAUUACGAUCAUUUUCAUAAGAAAUAUCACUGAACGAAUC